UUGGUGACUUUCUUAAAAUAAAUUGUUUGUGUAAUACGAAAAGAGGCAGAAGUGUUUAACCUCGUCUGUUGUGUCUACUAAUUUCCUGCUUGUGUGUUUGGAAUUGACUAUAUCUUAAUUGUUGUUGUUUUUUUCUAUCUGCCGUUGAGAAAAGAAGCCUUGUCAACGGAGCAAGUUUGACUUACUUACUUUCUUCACAUAAUGGCAGCUCCUUUGCUUUUUUGUUAUAACAACUGUAUAUAAAAAUUAAUAUUGGACUACCGGAAACUUUUGUAAACAGGAAAAGAUAAACAAUAGUUUUUCAAAAUUACUGGCAUAGCAUUAAAAAUUCCUGCAAUAUUACCGCAAAUUGGUGAAUGUUUUUCCUGUUUUAACUUAGUUCUUUUACAGUGCUUAAAAAUUUAAAUCGACAAUCACAUACCUAAUUUCCCAACUAUUUUUUUCAAAUUUAAAUUACUUGAGGAAGCCAUAAAAAACAACAAAUAAACUUAACAUUGCCGUGAAUCAAAAACAGUUAAUCUUUAUACAUUCUUGUGAGCCGCAAUAGAAACCAGGUCACCCUUUUGUUGCAUCGAUUACCAAAGCACUCAACAAAUUAACGCUCAUUAGUACUAUGGAUGCGAGUGAACAGGAGGAGAUCCAACUGCUGUCACGAGCUUUUGAAGAAAACGAGAGACGUGAUGAAACAGAAGAACAGGACAGUCUUAUACAGCCAAACAAUUCCACGUUGUUAUCGGCGAAUUGGGCAUCGGUAUUUAUGUGUGGUGAAAUGAUUGGUGCUAGCUCUUUGUCGUUACCUAAAGCAUUACAGAACACAGGUUUCUAUACAGGCCUUGUGAUAUAUGUAAUCAUAACUUGUAUAUCUGGUACAUUUGCGUAUAUUUUAUCUAAAACAUACGCCACUUUAAGACGAGAUGUAAAAGAGUAUCUAAAUGGAGCACACAUAAGGGAUCCCUAUCCGCAGAUUUCUCAUUUCGUGUUGGGACGGAAAGUGCGUUUACUUGUUAUCGGAUGUAUUUUUCUGAGUGAUUUUCUAGGCACGGCAGCGUUGAUUUUAUUACCAGCUGAUAUGAUAGUGAGAUCAUUUGAAAUUAAAAUUUUGCCCAAUCAUUCAGUGAAGCAAAACAUGCGUUUAUGGGUCACCAUAGGAACCAUUGUUAUCACGCCAUUCACUUGGAACGAUCGACCAAAGGAUAAUAAGUUUGUCGGUAUGUUAGCUUUGUGUUCAGCGUUGCUAGGUAACAUUUUAAUCGUUGUCUUGUUCAUACUUGUCGGCGACUUGGGAACGGUGUCAGAACCCAGCAAUAAUCCGGAAAGCGCCACAAAAUACAUUUUAGCGAUUGGAUUGUUACUGACGACCGCAGAUGGUUUUGAUAUUUUACCAAACAUACAAGAAGACAUGCAGAAUGCGAACGAAUAUAAAAAGGUCAUCAUCCGGUCUUACCUGUUGUUUUCUGCGCUCACAAUUCCUGUUAUGGUCGGUGGAUACCUGCUGUUUCAUAAACACCACACAAUGUCAGAAAACCUGAUCAUCGAAUUGGUGCAUGUCGGCAGCUACAUAAAAAAUCCUGCCAGAUUUCUUGCAUUUCGCGUCAUAGCAUAUGCAACGUUAGUUCUGUAUGUCGUUCACAUCAAGAUGUCCACCGUGUUGCAAUUAAAUCCAACCUUUCAAUACAUGGAGAGACUCUUUCCAUGUAGAGAAGGAUUGUGCUGGCAGCGAUGUUUACUACGAAGCACAAUAUUAUUUUUGGUUUUAAUUUUCGUUAUCGCUGCGCCGGAGUUGUUGCCCAUUCUUUCAUUCAAUGGAAGCAUAUUAUAUGUUAUUCUAGGUGUGGUUAUUCCAGGUCUUAUGUACAUUAGAGUAUUUGAUUAUAUAGCUAUCGCCCGAAAGUCGAUGAUUUUAAGUAUCAUGUUAAUUUUUGUCGUGUAUUUAAGCAUAAACUCGUAUUGCAAUAUAAAAGAAAUAUUUGGGAAAAUAACAAUUUAAAACAGUCUCGUUUCUUCGUGUAAUCAAAUAUACUAGUCGGUGGCCCGUGGAAAAAUUCAUGGGUUUGCAUUGUGUGCGUAUUGUUAAUUGCUGUACCAUUUUGCGUGGCAGACAGACUGAUAGACGUAUACGGGUAUCAUAAUGUAAAUUAAACGGUAUCCCGUGGAUAAAUCUACACGUUCACCCGUCCUUUAUAUAUAGCAUUUCGUGUUUCCGUAACACGACUUUUUUCUCGCGCACAAACAGACAGACAGAAUACGGUUGUUAUUAUUAACUAGUCGUUAACCCGUGAAAAUUCCACGGGGUCGUCCGUUCUUUAUAUAUCGCAUAACGUGUUUCCGUAACAAAAAGACAAACAGACACAAGAACAGACAGACGGAAUACGGCUAUUAUUAAAGAGACUAGACGGGAAACCAGGCGUCGAAACGCCGGGGUAAACCACAAGUCGUGAACACCUGUGGAGCGCUCAAUAAGAGCCAUAAACUGUGCUGCACGAUCACGUAAAGCUCUUUAGCCGUUGUAACCCUGUCAUAGCAAAAACAAUUGGUCAAUAUUAUUUUAUUUUGUGUAAUAAAAUUUUUAAAAGUUUAAAAAUUAAUCGUAACA